AACUCAGGUAGUAAUCUUCAUUUUGAAAGUUGUGGUUUAUGUAGGAGUUUAAAAAGAAUUACAAGCAAGAAGUAGAAUGGAGGUAUCAGGCAAAAAACUAUCGGAUCAAGACCGGACCUAUUGCCAGCCAUGUUUUGAGGAUGGAGACAACAUAACUGCACUGUAUGCAAAGAGUUCUUGUGCUCAACCUGUGAAAAUGCACACAGAACGUUCAAGGCUACCAAAAGACAUGUCCUGCUGAACAAGAAAAACAUGCCAACAUCGUUGACGGACAAAUCACUUAAAGAAAACACCAAUGUGCCUUGCGAUAUCCAUCCUAAGGAAAGUAUUAAAUACUUCUGUCCCACCCACGAGAGUGUCAACUGUGGACAUUGUGUAGAAUUUGAAAAUCGGUCAUGCAAGAUAAGCCUCAUUUCCGAGAUAUCGGAUUCUUUCAAAAAUGGUCAGGAGUACGGCGACAUCAGAAAAUCAAUUGCCAAGCUACUGAAAGGCGUUAAUGAUUGUGUCAAUGAAGUUGAAAGCAACAUCAAAAUGAUUUUAAAGCUAAGCGAAGACGAGGUUACAAAGCUUAGGGAUUAUCGUGAGAAGGUUAACGACUACUGCAAUGAGAGGGAAAAUUUCCUUCUUGAGAUCAUAGAGAAGAUGAAAGAUAUGGAUAAAACACGACUGGACUCUUUGAAACCAAAAUGUGAUAACAUUAAGGCUAAGAUAAACCAAAUUAAGUUAGCACUUGAUGCACAGGAAAACAACAGUGGGAACUUGUUUAUUGAAGCAAAAAGAGUCAAGAAAAGGGUUGAAUGUCUUGAAAUGUGUCUGAAUGAUCUAAGCAAAGAGAACACUGUCCACCGAUACAAAUUUAUAAAGGACCCAACCACUGAGAGACUGCUUAAAGCAAAAACUGGCCUUGGCAUAGUGAGUGAGGAUCAGACAAUCUGGACACACUUCGGAUAGACAAUAUAACUUCUUUUUUAUGUUGAUAGAAUAAAAUCGAAGACAUUUCAGUUGAAAUAGGCCCAUGUGUGAAAUUCCGUUGUCAAAUUGUGUUAUGUCGUCAUUAGACGCUACAAUUACAUUGGUAGAAAAAACAAACAAUAACGGUACAAAUUUGCGUACAGAAACAUACCGGCUGGCACCAUCUAUGCCAAAUCAAUCACCAACAUCAAAGCGCCAUUUCUUUUUUUGUUUUCAUGUAUAGUUUAGGGAACAAAAAAAUAGGAUUUUCAUUGAGCUCGAUGAAUUAUAUAUAACUAUCAAUCACCAGCAUCAACAAUAUAAGACAUUUAAUAAAAAACUGACACUAAAACUCAGUAAACAACGUCGCAUGUUGUUUCUGUUUUGGCGAAAUGUACAAAAACGUUUUCUACGACAAUGUUUACACAAAUAGAUAAUUAGGGUAUCAAAGAAAUACUAAUCCGGUCCGGAUAAAAAACGACCCUCAGGAACGUUGCCGGCCUCCGCACGUGUCACCGAGUAGGAGUUUUGUAUUCGGACCGGAAUAAUAUGCUGGAUAUCAUUAACAUUCUCAUGUAAAGUUCAACAAAGCAUACCAUUCAAAUGUGUCUAGUCCUCCUUAGUAUGGUUUUCCCUAUAGGGUUAGGUGAUAUUUUGAUGAUGUGCUUUCCCUCUAUCUGUCCGUUUGUCUAGACUGAUAGACACCAUCCGCUUGAAAUCUCCAAAACUGCUGGAGAGAGGUAAAUGAAACUUCACAGAAAUAAUAGGUACUAUGCCUAGUUGUGUACUAACAUUGGUAUAAAAUGCUCGGCAGAUUUUUCAGUGUAAUGGUCCUUUCUUUAAUAUAUAUAAAGUGCGUAUAUAAAUUAGUUGCCCGAGUCAAAUCUCUAACACUGCUGGAGGGAGUUUUUAUAACUUAACAGAAAAAUAUAUGUUAAGCUCGUGUAUCUUUUCAUU